GAAAAAUACCUACAUGAUUUCUAAAAAAAGAAAAUAAUGUGAAGGGAAUUUUCUAGAAACUAUAUUUAAAAACUUUAUAAAAAGAAAAUAUGUACAGAGAAUAUAUUCCAACUGGAUCGUGUCUCGAUAUGGAUCGUUCAAAAAGAACUAAUAAUCGACAAUUCAGAACGUCUAACCAAGAUUAUGGCUACGGUAUUCCUAACAGAAACCAUGCCACAACUGUCGAUUAUUCUGGGAGAAAUAACGAUUUGAGAAGGGUUGUUGCGACUGGAACAACAUUCGAUAAUUUUAGCAAAGAGGAAAAUAUCAUUGGUGCUGGAAGAUUGCAGUAUGACUUGUUCAAUCAUGAUUCUAUACUUAUGUACAGAGAUGUUUUGCGAUUGAUGGAGCACAAUAAGACUUUUCGAAAGUUUUUGACAAAUAUUUUUAAGGCGCUUCCCCUUACUGCGUAUGUAUGGGAAGUGGUGCCUGUCACAGACACAGAGGCUGCUUCGACACCUUUUCAGUUUGUUAUCACAGAAUCAAAUAGUUUGAACAGAAUGACAAAAGACAGUCAAACUUUUGCUUCGCAUUUUAAAAGGAGUACAAAUCCGUACGUGACAAGUUUUUUAAACCUGGGGAGAGACGCAAAGCUGGUGGCACCUUUGCCUGCGACGAAAUUAUUAAUAAUGGAGUGCGAUUAUAGCCAUAUUGGAAAAUUUAUGACUGACGCGCCAGAUGAACAGAUUGACGCACUCUGGAUUGAAGUGGCUAAAGCUAUGAGUGAAAGGUUAUCUGAUAGUCCUAAGAUGCCAUUAUGGUUGUCAACGGCUGGCCACGGUGUUGCGUGGUUACACGUGAGGAUAGAUAUCACGCCAAAAUACUACUCCCACACUCCUUAUAAAACAUUUCACAAGGGAGGCUUCAAAGGUGUUGGUGAAAAUAAAAUGUCAAAAAAAGCAGAGAUUGAUGAAAUUUUUAAAGCUGAAAACAAAAAAAGCUCGACGAAAUAUAGACGAGAAGAUAAAACUUAUAUGACGGACAAACUUCUAGCCGAAUCAUUAGCUCAAGAAGAAAGAGAUCGCUACGGUAUUCAUGAUUCGUACAAACCAAGAAAGGAGGAUGCGUACGAAACAAGAAAACCAAGACGGGAAUUGUCACAAAGGAGAUCAGAAAAAUAUGAUUGGUCGAUUUCAGAAGGAUACGCAAACCAUGGUCAGACAAUGUUAUACACUUUUACAUACAAUGACGAUGUUUUAACUUACAUAGAAGCUAUUCAGAGAUUAAAAACCGAUCCAACAUUCCGUCGAAUUUUUACUUCGAUUUUCAAGGAUUGCCAACACGAAUUUUAUAAGUGGGAAUUGAUUCCAGUAAAAUCGACUACUGCAAACAAAACAAAAUUCGAAGUUGCAUUCAUCAACAUGGUAGGUUCAUACGACCCCACUUUGUCUCCAAGAAAUUUCAGAAGUUUGCUCAAAAGUCACGACAAUGAAAUGAUCCUGUACCAUGCAGAUGAACAAGCCAAUUACGUUGCUUUAAAUCCGUUUUACAAUGGACGCCUAGCAGCAUCAAGAAAGUGCAGUCAUAUUGGAGAGUUUGCAAGACAUGCAGCAGCAGAAACAGUGGAUGAAUUUUGGAAGGUGAUAGGUCAAGCUUUGAGUGAGUAUCUUGAUGGACAUCCACGUCAAUCUGUUUGUUUGUCAUCGUGUCAAACUUCGUCAGCUGAUCAAAGUGUGUACGUGAGAAUCGAUAGUCAACCAUCCAGUUACAAACAUCGUCCUUUUCAGACAACAGAUUCGGGUUAUUCCUUUUUUAGAUUUCGGUGACAAACGUAUGGAUUGGCAUUAACAACAAUGACAUUUCAGAUGCGAAAAAGUUCAAUGACAUUUCAGAUGUAAGCUACAGUGAGAUAUAGAUCCUGGAGUUACCUGCAGCAUGUAUUUCCUAAAGAGACAAAUUCUUUUAUUAGAUCAGUUUGUGUUUAAAAAUAUAUUGAUAACAGUCAUUAGGCUGGAUAUUGUGAUAAAAAAGAAGAGAAAUUUUUCAGCGUUUUUUUUAUAAGACACAUUUAGCUUGGA